AUGGAGUUUCUUAGCAUUACCAAGUUUCAAAUCCCACUCGUGUCUUCUUUUGUUCUUUUUUUAACUAUUGCUACCACAACACUGAACCCUGUAUUUGCCACGAAAGCUUGUGAUUUCCCUGCCAUCUUUAACUUUGGUGCCUCAAACUCUGACACUGGUGGCUUGGCUGCUUCCCUUCUACCACUAAAGCUACCUUAUGGUGAGACCUAUUUUCACAGACCCGCUGGAAGGUUCUCUGACGGCCGAAUCAUCAUUGAUUUCAUAGCACAAAGUUUUGGACUUCCGUAUGUCAGUGCAUAUCUUGAUUCAUUGGGGACCAACUUCUCACGUGGUGCUAACUUCGCAACAGCAGGAUCAACUAUCAGACCCCCACCUAGUAGUAGUAUUAUUCCUCGGGGUAGAUUCAGUCCUUUCUACCUUGAAGUUCAGUACACUCAAUUCAGAGAAUUCAAACCCAGAACACGAUUCAUUAGACAUCAAGGAGGAGUAUUUGCAACGUUGAUGCCAAAAAAGGAAUAUUUUCGUGAAGCUUUAUACACAUUUGAUAUUGGUCAAAAUGAUCUUACUGCUGGCAUUUUUGGUAACUUGACCGUGCAGCAGGUCAAAGACUCUGUACCUGAUAUAAUCAAUAGUUUCUCAACAAAUGUUAAGAAUAUAUACAAUUUGGGGGCUAGAUCAUUUUGGAUACACAACACGGGACCACUUGGUUGUCUCCCUGUAAUUUUGGCAAAUUUUCUAUCCGCUGAAAGGGAUAGCUAUGGAUGUGCAAAGCCAUAUAAUGAAGUAGCACAGUAUUUCAACAAGAAGUUGAAGGAAGCAUUAGUUCAACUUCGUGAGGACCUUCCUCUGGCUGCAAUCACAUAUGUAGAUAUUUACUCUCCUAAGUACUCUCUUUUCCAAAACCCAAAGAAAUACGGAUUUGAGCUCCCACUCGUUUCUUGUUGCGGCUAUGGAGGGAAGUACAACUCCAGCAAUAGUGCUGGAUGUGGUGGAACCAUAGAGGUCAAUGGCACUGAAAUUUUUGUAGGUUCAUGUGAAAGACCAUCUCAUAGAGUGAUAUGGGAUGGGACCCAUUACACAGAGGCAGCUAAUAAAUUAAUCUUUGAUCAAAUCUCUACUGGGGCUUUCUCAGAUCCACCCAUUCCCUUGAAUAUGGCAUGUCACAGAAAUUUCACUAUUACCUAA